CAGCCUUAGGACUGUUUUGACGUCCUACUUAUAAUAAAUGUACACCAUGCUACAAAACGGUCUGGCCUAAUGUGUUCUUGACACGAACAGUAAAUUUCGUGGAAAUGAAGUCCAGUGUGAAGUUUCCUUUAUGAUGGUGGCGUAAAUUUGGUGAAAAUGAAGAAUCAAAAAUUUUAUUAUGGAAAAUGCUAAACGUAGUGCCUUAAUAUCUUCCUAUUGUACAAAACAUCCUGUGAGUCCAAAUAAAUCGUCCAUUCAUUCAACGGUUCCAUAAAAUCUGUCCAAAGCUUAAUGUACAAAGAGACUUAAAAACUGGUUAAUAAGUUGUUGAAAUUACCACAAUAUAAAUAUUAAAGGCUAAAUAAAUAUCUAAAUUUCGAGUAAUGUUACUACAAUUUUGGCCUGUCAUUGUGAAAUUAGUUCGAAAACCAAUGAAUUGUUGAAUUAAAAUCAUAAAGUAGCCAAUUCGGUGGAGUGGAUGCUGUGGUCAGCAAGAUGUCCGUUUGGGUGGGGAGAGGAGGCGAAGACCGGGCGGAACCAGCCGGUCCAACGUCCUCCACUCUCUUGUCGAAUAACACCUCCAUGGAAUCCGGGAUCGAAGCCGGUGUCUUACCCACAGUCACGGGAUCCUUGGCAUCAGCACGGGAUUCUUUGGGUUCCUUAUCACGCGCCGCAGAACCUCUCUAUGAUACAGAUCACACAGAUCUUGGUUCGGAAUUGGACGAGGCGGAAAUACGAAGGGAGUUGAUGCACGAUAAAUGGCGGCUACUUUUCGAUCGAUUCGAUCCAGAGGGUUUUGGCGAGAUCCCGUGGCCAGACUUUCUACAAACACUUCAACAUCCUGAUUUUAUAGCACAGGUCCCGACUCAUAAAAGAGAGAUCCUUUUAGAUAAAGCUCAAUGUUCGAAAACUAGUGCUAUAACAUUCCAAGAGUUCGUGAAUGUGAUGAGUGGAAAGCGCACCCGCAGCUAUAGAUGCGCAGUUCACCACCGAGAUCGUGAAAUCAGCUCGGAAAACGAUUUCAAGCUUUUACUAGAAGAUCCAACAUUAUUCGCCAGGAUGGUGCACAUAGUAGCGAUGGGCAUGCUCCCCGAGGAACGAGAUCGGAAGUAUUAUCAGGAGCGCUACACGUGCUGCCCACCGCCAUUCUUUAUCAUCUGCGUUACACUGUUAGAGUUGGGUGUGUUCGCGUGGUACGCGUGGGGAGCAGGCGGCGUGGCGGCCGCGGCAGGUCCGGUCCCUGUCGAUUCUCCGCUGGUGUACCGUCCCGACAGGAGACGAGAAGUGUGGAGGUUCCUGACGUACAGCGUCGUCCACGCCGGAUGGUUGCACCUGGCCUUCAACCUACUAGUGCAAUUAGCCGUUGGAUUGCCUCUCGAGAUGGUGCACGGCGCGGUCCGUUGCGCCGCAGUGUACAUGGCCGGCGUGCUGGGCGGUUCGCUGGCCGCGUCCGUACUAGACCCGGACGUUUGUUUGGCGGGCGCGUCCGGCGGAGUGUACGCGUUGCUCGCGGCGCACCUAGCGAACGCUCUACUCAACUUCCACACGAUGCGGUACGGGGCCGUGAGGCUCGUCGCCGCCCUGGCGGUGGCCUCGUGCGAUGUCGGAUUUGCGGUGCACGCGAGGUACACGAAGGAGGUGCCGCCGGUGUCGUACGCUGCGCACGUGGCGGGCGCGCUGGCCGGGCUCACCAUCGGGCUGCUGGUGUUGAAGCACGCGCAGCAGCGGCUGUGGGAGCGGCUGCUGUGGUGGGCCGCGCUGGGAGCGUACGCGGCGUGCACGUUGUUCGCGGUGCUGUACAACGUGCUCGGCCCGCAGCCGGACCGUCUGCACUACAUGCCGCCCGAGCCGCCCCCCGACGCCGGCUACUGACCGCACUCGUACUGAACAUAACGCGAUCGAUAUAAGAAUAGGACGACGACCUCUGACGUUACAUCAUGAUUAUGAUUUGCAAGAGAGAAUAUAAUAAAGCUGUGAUUUCGUUUAAAUAGUUUGGUUAGAUGCACGAAGGUCGAUGAUCCUAUUCUUGGUCCGAUCGGAUCACGGGUCCCGUCGUCGAUGUCGCGUUUCAUGUGACGUCAUUUUCCACAAUAGAGCUAUAGAGCAGGGUUGGACCCGCUCGCCGCCGACGCGACACUCACAACACGCCUAGUCAAUUUACCUUAGUGUGAUUCGCUGUAAGUAGUAUUAUAUUGGGGGAGGUCGCUCGCUGUGUCGCCAUUUUACACGUAUCAUAUUCCGCUUGUAUGUGUGUUUUCGUUUCGACCUCCUCGCAAUACGUAAUUGUUAAGUAGUAUUAAUUCGUAUUUGGAUAGGUGAAAUAUUUUUGUACCUACUGUCCGUAGUGUGUAGGAUGAAGGCGUUACCGCGACAGAGCACGUUACGUACCAAUGUUGACUGGCCAGUGAGAACGUACGCAGUCUCGUUACUAAUGAGUGCGACAUGACCUAAAAGUCCUAGUUACCUGGUCAUCAAAUCCCAAAAAAAAAAAGUGCGACAACGGAGACUGAACGUAGUCCUUUGAGCCAGCGUAGUUAUGUCCGUCACCAAAGACUAGUAAUAAAACGAUGUCCACUAUAAUAAUUACUCGAGUACCCUCAUUUCUUAUAAUUCAUAUCGUUCAUAUGAUUGAAUAUUUAUUCUAAAGCAAGAAUAAACGUAUUUGCUCACAUCGACAUACUUUAAGUAUCUAAAUCUAUAUUUAUAUAUAUAUUUGUUUUUUUUUUUUGUUCACUGUGUAUCCGUUUUAUUUUUGCGUAAUAAAACUGAUUGCUCAAUUGCAUUAAUUUUAACCGAUAACGAUUUAAUGCUCAAGAGAGUAGCCUUUUUAUUUUAUUUGAAUCAAUAUUUUGAUUAUAGUGUAUAUAUAAAUAAUGUGUAUUCGUCCAUUAUCGUUACUGUUUCGCAUUUUAACUGCACUACAAUAACUUCUUCCUCGUUCGUUACUUGGUUUAUUAUUAUUAUUAAUAAUGUGCCUGAUUCCUAUUAAUGUAAAAUUAAUGGUUAAUAAUUUAAUUCUAAUCAAAUAAUGUCACAAACGACUGAUUUUUUUUUUGUAUAAAUUAUUUCAGAGUGUUUUUCAUUUAAUUUAUUUUAAAUUUAAUUUUUAAGUGUGAAUCGAAAUUAAUUAUAAUUAUGUGAUUAUAUAAAUGAGAAUGGAGAAAAUUAAAACAUUGAUAAAAGA